GGGACCGUCUGGCUGAUCACCUUGUCAGACCUCAGGCAGGGGACAUGACGCUGGCGGUGAGACGGGCUCUGUACAAUGUCGCUGUGAGACGCACAGAUAUGGAUGCUGAGUCCGGAGAGUAGUGAUGCGAGUCGGAAGAUGGCGUCGCAAUGGUCGCGCAGCAACAGCACCGAGAACAAAGUGCCGCACACGCGCAUGGACGAUGAAGCUGCAAUCCAGCAAAUUUACACCUUCGGGAAGAAGCUGGGAGAGGGGAGUUUUGGCGUUGUGAUUGAAGCCACACACAAUGAAAGUGGGAAGAAGUGGGCGAUUAAGAAAGUCAACCGAGAAAAGGCCGGGAGCUCCACUGUCAAGCUGCUGGAACGUGAAGUCUCCAUCUUGAAGAGAGUCAAUCAUGAACAUAUCAUCCACCUGGAGGAAGUCUUCGAGACCACCAAGCGGAUGUACCUGGUGAUGGAGCUCUGCGAGGGCGGGGAGCUGCAGAAGAUCCUCCAACGCAGAAAGCACUUUUCAGAGACGGAAACCAGACAUAUUAUUCACAGCCUGGCCUCCGCUAUCACCUACCUGCACAAGAAAGAUAUCGUCCACAGAGACCUCAAACUGGAGAACAUUUUAGUGAAGAGUAACGAGAACCAGCCGGGCGAGGAGAUGAUGGUGAACAUUAAGGUGACGGAUUUCGGCUUGGCGGUACAGAAGGGCGGAGUUGGAAGCGAGAACAUGUUGCAGGCCAAGUGUGGCACUCCGAAAUGCAUGGGUGAGUCUACAUCGGGGCCCCCUGGGGCCAGGGGAACUCCCAGGAUAUAACUUUACUGACUACUAGAGUGCCGUGUGAUGUCUUAAGA